CGGCCUUCCUCCGCGUUCUCUUGUGCAACAUCUGGCGACAGCCCCUCUCCAGACCUCCAGACCGUGCACACACUCGCAGCAGACCGAGCAAAGGCUGUUCUGUUCUGGGCUGGUGUUUGCCUUGUGCGCAUGUCCGCUCCCCUCAGCAGCCACAGGAGCGACGGGGCACCCACAGUACAGUAACGGGACACCCAGGGCCAGGGGACUGCAUCUAUGGAGCGGCUCACAACUCACUUUUCAAAGCCUUCUAGUCCACGAUGAGCUUUUGGAUUUCCGUAAGAUGUAUUUCCAGAUAAGCUGCUCCAUCCUCGUCGCUGUCUACUUGGUGUGCCAGCCGCUGCGAGCUCAGGAUCCAUUGUGCUGUAACCAUGCCCCGGAAUACUCCUCCUGUAAAGAGGCUUGUGACCAACUUGCCACCAUAAAGAGUGAGUCCCGUUUGAAGCACCUGCUGCAGAGGCUGCCCAGCUACUGCCCCGAGUCCAUGAAUGAACUGUGGACUUGUGUCAACUCAACACUACCAGGUGUGUCCAGGAAGUCUGAAGGCUGGGUGGGCUUGGGAUGCUGUGAACUGGCCAUCUCAGCUGAGUGUAGGCGCAAGUGCGAACAGGCUUCAUCCAAGAGUGACAUAACUAAAGUCUGCAAAAAAGUCACUGAGAAACCAUUGUAUGGCUGCAUCACCAAAAAUGAAAUUGGUUCCACGUGCUGCAGUUACGCGGGCCGCCACACCAUCUGCCGCGAGUACUGCCAGGCCAUCUUUAGGACGGACUCCACCCUGACCGCGUCUCAGAUCAACGCUGUGAAGGACUACUGCCAGAGCCACAGCAGCCAGCUCCUCAACUGUGUCAACAACUUCACCAAGUCCUACCCCAUCCGCAGCCCCCUGGACAGCCUGUACUGCUGUGACCGAGCCGAGCAAAGCCACUGUCAGGUUGCCUGUCGUCGGAUCCUUCGCACCAUGAACACAGAGCAUGAAAUCAUGGAAGGUCUAAUUGAGGAGUGUGGCUCCCAGCCCCUCCCCCAGGACCCUCUGUGGCAGUGCUUCCUGGGCAGCGCUCACCCCCCCUCCCCACCUGAAGAGGAGACUCCCCAUCCUGCCAAGAUGGACCAGGCCAAACUGCACUGCUGCGCCAAAGCCAACACCUCCCUCUGCAGAGAGAUGUGUGAGGAGAUGAGCACCAACUGGGGCUCUCAGACGUGGCAGGACUUUGACCAGCUGUGCGAGUACAACCCUGUGGAGGCCGAGCUCAUCAGCUGCCUGUCCGACGUGAGGGAGCCCUGCCAACUGGGAUGCAAGGACCUGGGCUACUGCACCAACUUCAACAACAGGCCCACAGAGCUGUUCCGCAGCUGUAACGUGCAGUCGGACCAGGGUGCCAGGAACGACUUCAAACUGUGGUCCAAUGGCACCAUUAAGAUGCCCUACAUGAACAUCCCAGUCCUGGACAUCAGGAAGUGCCUCCCUGACACCUGGAAGGCUGUGGCCUGUGUACUGCAGAUCAAACCCUGCCACAGCAAGUCCAGAGGCAGCCUCAUCUGCAAGUCUGACUGUGUGGAGAUCCUGACCCAGUGUGGGGACAGGAGGCGCUUCCACGAGGGGCAGACUCCAGAGAGGAUCUGUGAGCUGCUGUCCCCGGUGGAUGACCCGGAGCGCUGCAUCCCUCUGCACACGUACCUCGCUCCCAGCAUCCACCCAACCAGUGUGGUGGAGGAGGUGAUCCACCCAUGUAAUCCCAACCCCUGCUCCACUAACCACCUGUGUGAGGUGAACCGCCGGGGCUGCCUGGAUGACUACAACUGCCUCCCGUACAUCUGUGUGCCAGCAUGUAAACUGGGAGAGGCAUCGGAGUUCCUGGUGCAGCAGGAUGCUCUAAUUCAGGUGCCCUCCCGCAGUGCUCCGGCCGGCUGCUAUGAGGUGUGCAGCUGUGGGGCCAGUGGGCGUCUGGAAAACUGUGUGGAGAUGCCCUGUGUGGACACCACCAAGGCCUGUGUGGUGGGCGGGCAGAGGAAGAGUCACGGGACGUCCUUCCAGAUCGACUGUCACCACUGCUCGUGCUUCUCUGGUGAUACAGUGUGCUCCACCAGAGAGUGUCUGAGCGAGGGCAGCUCUGAGAGAGACAGGCACCACUUCACCGGUCUUCCAUGCAGCUGUCCAGACCAUUUCAUCCCUGUGUGUGCGUCUAAUGGACGCACCUAUCCCAGUGCAUGUGUGGCUCGCUGCAUGGGCUUCAAGGAUCACCAGUUUGUGUUUGGACAGUGCCGCCAGAUCAACCCCUGUGUCGGCAAACCCUGCUUCAGGGGCCAGAGGUGUGUGUUGCGGUUCCGUGUGUGCCUGAGCGACUUGGGAGACUGUCCUCAGUUUGAGUGUGUGGGCAGACCCUCUCUCUGUGACCGCAGCACUGUGGAGCCUGUGUGUGACACUGAGGGCUUGGUACACCCCAGUCUGUGCCACCUGCAGCAGGCCGGCAAGAGCCUUGCCUACAUGGGACACUGCCAGGAGUCUUGCCGGGGCCCUCAGCCAGUGUGUGGUCAUAAUGGAGAGACGUAUGAAACUGUAUGUGAUGCCUUCUCAGACCGUGUGGCAGUGGACUACCCCGGCCCCUGUCAGGCUGUGGGGCCCCUGUCAGAUUCGGCCCCAGACUCCUCCUGUGCUCUCGUCCAGUGUCCACCAGUCUCCACCCCAGGCUGUCAGUCUGUCAUUCCUCCAGGAGCCUGCUGCCCCAUCUGUGCCAGCAUGCUGCAGAUCCUGUGGAACAAGGAGCACAUCAACACCUUCUCCAAGCUGAAGCGGGAGGAGCCGGUGACCGUGCAGGAGGUCCUUAGGGUGCUGCGGCUCCAUGUGUCCGUGCCUCAAUGUGACGUGUUCGGGUACCUGAGCAUCGACCAUGUACUGGUGGUGCUCAUCGCGCCAGUGGAGCAGCAGCCCACGCCUCUGCAGGUGGAGGCAUGCAGCAAAGAAGCGGAGAAGAUCGACUCCCUGAUAAACUACUCCAGCCCCACCCUGAUGUCCCACGUCCCCCUGUCCGCAUUCCUGUCCUCACAACUUCAGACCUCCUGGAUCCUGUCCUCUUCUGGGACCGCGGGCCACCCUCUGAACCCCGGCCUGGGUGUGCUGCUGGGACUGCUCCUGGCUGCUGCUCCCAACCUCCACAUUCUCUAGCAUCUGCCAUUUUGUUUCCUCAAUUAAGCUUUGAAAUGAAUCCAGCCUCUGUCCUGUUUAGGUUAAGAGAGCGAGACAAAUACAUGCACUGCAAAAAAAGGAAUUAUUAUACAUACAUUGAAAUUCCAUCUUAAUUUGAGUAGUUUUGACUUGCUUAAAUAUAUUCAGUUAAAGUUACAUUUUGGAACGUUUCAGGUUGAGGGUCUGCCACUUGCUUGUUUCCACAGAGAUAUUAUUGCUUUCACUGGAAUGUCAAACAGUGUGGGAUUAAAUUUAGUAAUCUAGUAAAAAUGCAUAUUUUGGGGUAUGUUUUUAGCUAUGAUAACAUGUGUAACUGAAUUCCAAGAUAAGUUUAAUGCCUUGCUGUGGAACAUCCCAGGCAAAGCAAUGACAUCUUAUGGAGCCAAGCAGGUGGUGGACUACCCAACCAGAAAAGUUACAUAGUGCACCUUUAAUUGUCUUAUAUUUUUGACUUAUGCUAAAAUGUUUUAAAAUAUUUAGUAAAGAGGGAAAUUUGCACUUGGAAAAUACAACAACUUUACUUCACUUGCACAUAAUUUAGCCUGAAAUUUUCAUCAAAUCAGAAUGUUUAAAAUUAUGUUAUAAAACACUGAAGUCAAAACUACUCAGUUUAAUUAAGCUGUUCCUUGCAGUGCAUUUGACCAGCCCCAUGUUAGUAGAGAGAAACAGGAUGACCUAGCAUGCCAUGUCUUCUGGUCUCUCUCUCUCAGCUCUUGACAAUCAUUCCUAUGGUGCCUUCUGCGUUGUAGCAAUCUGAAGCUAAUGCCAUAUCAGUAUUCUAUUCAAAUGAAGGCUAGUGUACAGUGCCUAGCUUCUGGUGUGCGCUCCAAAAAUACUAUCUGGUUAAUUUUAGGUCACUUUGGUAGAGCAGAUGCCCGGGGAUACAUAGAGGGUAUUCUUUACAUAAACACCUGGAGGGGAGGGGACCAGCUGUUACCCUCUCAUCCAAACAAAGCAACAGCAGCAGUAGGAGAUAGAGAUCAAAAUAAUCAAUCAAUAAUCCAAAAAUGUAUUGCCACUGCCAGGGAACAACUUUUCACAAACCUGGAAUGUGCGUUGGCAGUUUAAUGCUAACAUAAUAGGCAUUCAUUGUAAACUACAGUGUACAGGAUAAAAUACAAGUCUUAUUACUAGAUUUAAAAAGGUAUACCAUAUGGACUGAAUAAUAUAACAAAACUAAAUCAACUUUAGCCUGUUUUGGUCAGUAUUUUAGUCAUUUCUGAUCCUUUUUAUAUGAAACAAAACCGGACAGAUAGUGUAUUAAGCAUCGGAAUUAUUCACCACAAUGACUUUAUGAGCACUUUUCACAACAUUCGGAGCCCAGAGUUUUGCUGUAACGGUAAAGCUAACAGAAACUAGCAAGUUAAUACGCACAAUUUGAAGCUACAGCGCCACCAUGAGGCCAGAGCAGGACCUGUCCACUUUACCUGAAUGCACAUUUAUGUCAUAGUUAUGUGACAGAUACGCAGUGUUUGGCCCUAGCAUUGAACCUCCACCUCUGCAGUGUUGGACCCUGAUCGCGGCCAGUAUGAGGAACACUAAAGGGAGAGUUCCAGUGUACUUUUGUAAAACUAAAGCCAUCUGAACUUUUGAAGGACAAUCAGCGGUGGUCAUUCUCUCUUUUUUCUCUGGAAAUGACCAUCUUAUAUGAAGUCAAGCAAAAUGCAAUAUAUUUGUUGAUAAAUGUCUGUAUAUUUGUUUUAGGGCUGCAUGAUAUCAUAUUUGAUAACUAUGUAGUGUGUAUAUAACAGUAUUCCAAUAUUUUCAUGUACUUUUUAACAGUAAGCUUAGUUAAUUUAUGAGAAAAUAGCAAAUGCUCAAAGGUCCACUACUUUUAGGAUGGCGGGUCUGCCUCUUCCUUGUCUCCAUGAGGAUGCUAUUGCUGCCUGGAAUAUUCUGCAGUAUGGCUUUAAACGUAUCUAACUCCAGCAAAGCAAUAAAAGUUCUAUGAGGACAAGAAGGUGGAGGACCCUACAUCAGAAAAGUUACAGUACAUCUUUAAAUUUCCCAAGGAUGCAUCGAUCCAACUUUUUCAGUUCCAAUGCUGAUUCCAAUUCCAUUUUUUAGCAUCUGCCAAUAUCCGAUAUCAACCGAUUCUAUUGCAAAAAAAAAACAGCAUUUAAUUCCUUUUAACAAAAAAAUUAAAUAACACAGAACUGAUCCAUCUUCUUAACAACUUUGUAUAAAUAAAAAUUCAAAUCUUAUAAGACUUUCUGGGCCAACUACGACCAGUAAAUAGUCUUAUUACAUCAAAUUAUAAUUCAACCAGGAUAUCGCCUGAACCGAUUUGGAAGCCGAUAUCUGAUGUAUUUAGAAGUUAGACACUUGUACACACACCAUAUCAAAAUUGGGACUAAAAUGGGACUAAGACAGAACUAAAUCUACACUAUACAGCAGUGGUUCCCAACCUUUUCUGUCUGGAGUACCCCCUAAGUCAGGCAUACCCAAAGUCCGGCCCGGGGGCCAAUUGCGGCCCAUGUACAAAUUUCCACUGGCCCACAGCCUCUGGAAUAAAAAUAAUUAUGUGUGGCCCAUCAGCACUGUUGAUCAGUGUAAAAUACAUAUGUUCAAACUCGCUGAGUUUUAUCACCAACUGGAUAAAGACAGGUUUAAAGAAAUUCACACCUUUGCUAAGAAAAUGCUGAGUUUGGUUCGACAUAUUUGUGUGAGAAGACAUUCUUGGUUAUGAACUUUAACAAAAACUGUGCGAGGACUAGUCUAACUGACUCUCACCUGCAUGACACUUUGCACAUCAAAAACAGUCUUUUAAGCCAGACCUGGUUUAUUUACUACAGUCCAGAUCUCAGUUUCACUCUUCACCCCAACAUUUUCACAUCACCAAAUCUGGCCCUUUUUGCAAAAAGUUUGGACACCCCUGCCCUAAGUGUUACCUCACAUUCUGAAUACCCCAUGUUAACGGUACAGGUAUUUCUUAAGUAAUUAUAAAUCUGUUUACUAGUACAAUAAAAUGUAUGCCAAAUUUAUCCCCUUCACCCCUGGCUGGGAAACACUGCUAUACAGGACCAAACCAUGUCUUCUUUCGGACUAAUCCAAGUUCAAACCAGGACCAAACUGGACAAAUGUGAAAUUGCAUUCAGUCUUGGUCUACGAUAUAAACAUUGUGUUAUCUGACAUUGCCAUAACCAUAAUUGUGCGAUAUAUGCAGCCCUAAUUAUGACUUUGAAUGCCUCUGUGCCAGGUUGAAAUAGCUUUUAAUGCAUGACAAUUUGAGAGUUGUGAAUGUACUUAUGUAUCAGUGUUACUGCACAGGCAGCUGCAGCUCCAACAGUAUUUCAACUCACAGCAAUUUCUUUUUUUGUUUACAUUGUGUUUUUAUACUCUAUAUUGAAGCUCUGUAGUAUUUUCACACGUCCUCAUCAGGAUUUGAACCAGCAACUCUUCCAUCACUUUGUCUUUGUGCCUUUUAGCAGUUGCACCAAUGUGGAAGAGACCGAACCAGUAUUAGUGUGUGGAAAAGCUCUGGUCACAAUUGUGUUUUUAAAGUUGAAAUGGGCAAUAGAGGUUUAUCUUCUAGUAUUUUUUAGAUUUUAUAUUGCAUUUUUGUAAAAGGUUUGAAAAUGAAUUGUACAAACUGAUUAUUUAUAGUCACAGCAUCAACCACAAAUUGCCUACUCCAGCUUUACGUCUGUGUAUUUUUAAGAUUAGAUAUUACUAUAUGACUAUGUACACACUUUAUCAUUUAAAUGUUUAUGAAUAAUUUAUAAUAUUGUGUCUUAUGUAGCGUGUGUUUGCAUGUAUAUAUUGGUUGAACGAAUCAUUGGAAAUAUAUGGUGACAUUCCAUUAUGAAGAUACAAAGUGGUUUUAAGAGGUACAGUAAGGGCAUGUCAGGAUAGUGGAGUAUGAACGGUUCCAUGUGUAGACAACUUUUCUAUGAUUAAAGGUACAUUAUGUAACUUUCCUGUGACGGUCUACCACCUGCUUGCCUCUAUAGAGAUAUUGUUGUUAUUCUAUGUGGUGAAGAGACCUCGCUCACAGCAAGAGUGCAAGUUUUUCAAGUUAUAAAAAUUCAGUACAUGUUAGAAAGAUACAUUUAAUGCCAUGGAGACAAGCAAGUGAUGAACCCCUAACCAGAAAAGUUACCUAGUGUAUCUUUAAGUCCAGAAAUGUUUGUGUUUUUGACAGAUUAUUUCUGAAACAUUAUUAUUCACAUCGGUUGUUUUGGGUAGCAAACAUGAUAAUUAAAUUGGUUUCAAAUUUGAGUUAUAUUUCUUCCAUAAUGGUUACUAUGGAAACUCGCUCAGGCCUAAAAGACAUAUUUCAGCAGACAGACAAAUAAUUAAGUAAUUUGCAACCAAAUUACAACAAAUAUUUAUAACCUCAUUUUUAACCAAACAAACAAGAAACACUAUUAAUUUUACGACACUUUGGAGCCAGCAAUUUAAUAUACUGCAAUAUGAGAAGUAUUGUGCAUGCUAUAGCAAACAUAAGUAUGUCUAAAAUGUUUAUGAAGUAUUUACAUUUGUUUUUAAUUUGUGUGACAGAUAUUUUGUGUUUGAAUUGUAGUCUGGAUGGCCACGUUGUCUUGUCUUCCAUGGUCCCAUUUAGUCACAAAUGUUUAAAAUUUUCACAUCUUCUACAUCUAAAUACAAAACUAGGAUUAGCAUGCUUAUUGGUUACAGAUUAUAUGCAAGUGCCUUAAAUGUAUAGAAAUCAAUAUAAAAGGUGCAUAUUUCUUUCAAUAAAAACAAGAAUGUUAUUGUUGUGUUUUGCCAAAA